AUGUUUACUGCUCCUUCGGUUUCCGCCCGAGGCGCGCGCACCGCUGCAUCACGGUCGUUGCGCAAGCGCAACCAAGCUUCAUAUUGUGAUGACAGCGAUGAAGAAAACUAUGCCCUUUACGAACGAACUUCCAACUUCAAGAAGCGCAAACCUACCGUAAAGUCUUCCGCAAGGCACGAAAUAAUCGACCUGACUGCUGACGACACCAACGACGAGCGUACGAACUCUCCCAAGAAGAAAGCAAAAGGCGACAAGGGCAAGGACGAAGAGAAACGCCUGCGUCGCUUCCGAUCACAUCCUCCGCAGUCCUAUCUCGACAUCAAAGCUCGCGCAUUGAGUCAGCGCCUCACCAUCAUAUCUCGCGAGCGCGUCGGUACCGAUGACGUACCAGAGGAGAGAGUAGUAAUGGCUGGUUCGACAGGCAAUGUGUAUACGCAGCAAAUUGGGCACGUUCCAAGUUGCGAUUGUCCACAUGCGAAGAAAGGAAAUCAAUGCAAGCAUAUCGUCUACGUCAUGCUACGCGUUCUUAAGGCGCCGGAGAAUAUUGGCUACCAGCUCGCGCUCACAUCGUCCGAGUUACGAGAUCUCUUUCGAAACGCCGCACCUUUACCGAAUGCAGAUUCGGGCGACGACGACCAACAUGAGACCGAACUGGAUAAAAACCGAAAGAAGAUUGAGGGCGAAUGCCCGAUCUGUUAUUGCGACUUCGAGCCUGGGAUGGAAGCCAUCGUCUACUGCAAGGCUGCGUGCGGAAACAACGUACACAAGGGCUGCAUGCAAACUUGGAUCGCUGCGAAGGGCGCGGGCAGGGCUACUUGUCCCUACUGCCGAGCGAAGUGGGAGGACGAUGAUAUUGGUGGUGGUUUUAGUGGGAAGGUGAAUCUGAAGGGAGCUGCGAGGUCUGACGAGGGAUACAUGAAUAUUGCGAGCCAGCUGGGACUGUCGGGCGAGAGGGAUUACUCGUCAUAUCACCAGCCAUGGGCCCAACGGCAAGGCUACGGUGGGUAUCAUCAUGGCAGGAGAUGGUGA